GGAACCACUAAGAAAAGGAGCAACCCUUAAACUCCGCUGCUCUCGGGGCUACGUGUUUACCCAGGAUAAGAAGGCUUCUCCCUCUACCUUCGGUCCCUUUCUAAAGGAGUUCAUGUCCAGAAGACUUCAGUAAAAAAAUGCUUUUUUAUGUAUCACUCUUUCUUGGUAUUGUUGCUCUGUGGUGGCAUUGGAGGGCAAGAGACAGGAUGAAGGUUACAAAUCUUGCUGGAAAAUAUAUAUUCAUCACAGGAUGUGACACAGGAUUUGGAAACAUGGCAGCAAAGAUUUUUGAUAAAAAGGGGUUCCGUGUUUUUGCCAGCUGUCUGACUGACACAGGAGCCAAAGAGUUAAAAGCUGUGACCUCGAAGCAGCUUCAGACAGUGCUGCUAGAUGUGAGAGAUUCAGACAGUGUUAAGAAAGUGGCUGCACGAGUCAAAGCUGAAGUUCAGUCAGAAGGUCUCUGGGGACUUGUCAAUAAUGCUGGGAUUAUGGGGCCAUCAGCUCCUACAGACUGGUUGGAUAUUGAGCACUUUAGAGAACCAAUUGAAGUUAAUCUAAUUGGACUCAUAAAUGUUACAAUAAACAUGCUUCCCUUAAUAAAAAAAGCAAAGGGAAGGAUAGUAAAUGUAUCCAGUGUUGGAGGUCGGCUAGCAUUCAGUGGUGGAGGCUAUUUUCCUUCCAAGUUUGGGGUAGAAGGAUUUAAUGACAGCUUAAGGAGAGAUAUGGCAGCUUUUGGAGUUAAGGUUUGUUGCAUUCAACCAGGACUGUUUAAAACAACAUUAUCCAAUCCAGAAAAUGUUAUGAAGGAGAAGGAGGUUAUUUGGAACAAGCUUCCCCCUGAUAUUAAAACACAGUAUGGAGAGGACUAUUUUCAGAAAGAUGCAGCAAAGAAACAAAAGCUCUCCAGGAUCUGUCUUAACAAGGACAUUUCACCGGUUGUUCAGUGCAUGGAGCAUGCCCUAACAAGCCUCCAUCCACGUGCACAUUACCUUGUUGGGAGGGAUGCUAAGUUGUUUUGGAAUCCCCUCUCAAGAAUGCCAGCUGUUAUACAAGACUUCCUACUGCUGCGGAACAGAGUAGAGCUUGCAGUUUCCCAUGCAAAGUAAACAUUUUCCAAUAUAUUCCUCAUCAUGGAAUAGGCUGAUUCUAUAAUAUAUGUCCUUUAUAUCAGCAUGAUACAAACUAUAUAUGAAAUAUGCAUUUAAAUGUAAGAAAUAGACACAUUUCUCCAAUAUCUGCUACUAUUUAAAAACCCACUAUAUAAUUUAAUUUUUAACAUGUAAACCAGAAAGAACAAAGGAACUACUAAACUUUCAAAAAUUACUAGGAUUUUCAGUUCUUUCACCUUUAAGGUGCUCAGUUUGAGAGCCCUUGGGGGCUCCAGUUUUCUCAAAGAUCCUUAAGACAAAAAUAUCCCAGGAAAAUGGGGAAUGUGGCUUUAAGUCCCUACAGCAGGAAGAGUUCAGUUAUCUCAGGCAGAGGAGGGAAUAGAAAUGAGGCCUUCCUCUGAGAGAAAUGUAGUCUUGCAAUAUAAACUAGAAAGGAGGGCAGAAAAUCCUCCUCCUGAUAUUGCUUUAUUUAGCAGUCACCCCUAUUCAGUUUUGAGGCCAAGGAAACUGUGGUCAACUUUCCUUGCUACAAUCCUAACUGGAAAGCAAAAUAAAGUGCCCAUGUUGUUGA